AACUGUCAAUAGCAUGCUCCAUAGCCGAAAGCUCUAGUAGCCAAAGCUAAACUGAAACUUGUACUCGUGUGCAGUGGAUCAAUGCACAGAGACCGUGUGUUGUCCCCACUAUUUAGCCAGCUUGAUAAUCAGUCAGCAAUCCAGCCUCACUGCUUGUUACAAUAUUCUUUGGAUUGUACCUGAUGUACUGGAUUGUUACUUCCCUCCGUGUCACUGCUGGGCCUUUCAUUAGCCCAUGGAAAGCAGUUUUUGCUAAGCCCAGAGCCAAGCAGACUCUGUGCGGGUGUUGGAAGAUGUCACAGUUGUCAACGAGCCCCCACACCUUCACAAGAAAGAGCUCUGUACAACAGGACAGCGGGCCGGGGAGCGCCGUGUCUGCGGGCGGGGCGCUGCACACACCUGUCAUGAUAAAAGAGGUGCUGCAGUGGUUGGGCCUCCAGCCAGGACAGGUUUUCCUGGACAUGACCUUUGGAGCAGGGGGUCACACCAAGGCAGUUAUGAAUGCUACACCAGACGUGACUGUGUAUGCUUUGGACCGUGAUCCAGUGGCUUUUCAAAUUAUCCAGCAGCUCUCUGAACAGCACCCAGGCCAGAUCAACUCAUUGCUUGGGCGGUUCAGUGAGCUAAGCGCCCUGCUGUCCGCGCGUGGAGUUGAGCCCGGCAGUCUGGAUGGUGUUCUGCUGGAUGCAGGCUGCUGCUCCAUGCAGCUGGACUGCCCAGAGAGAGGCUUCUCCCUCAGCAGGGACGGGCCCCUGGAUAUGAGGAUGGAUGGAAACAGGUGCCCCGCCAUGCCCAACGCUGCUGACGUGGUGAAUGCCUUAGAUCAACAUGCGCUUGCGUCCAUCCUGAGCACGUACGGGGAGGAGCGGCAUGCCAGGAAAAUAGCUUCAGCGAUUGUGGAGGCACGCUGCAUCUAUCCCAUCCGCCGGACCCAGCAGCUGGCCAGCAUUGUGGCAGGAGCGUUUCCCGCUGGUGCACUGUACGCCCGUAGAGACCUGCUCCAGCGCCCCGCUCACCUGGCCACCAAGACUUUCCAGGCGCUCCGCAUCUUCGUGAACGACGAGCUGAACGAGCUGUAUGCCGGCUUGCAGGCCGCCCAGGCCUUUCUCCGGCCCGGGGGGCGACUGUGUGUCCUCACCUUCCACUCCCUGGAGGACCGCACGGUCAAGCGCUUCCUGCAGGGCCUGGACCCGUCCGCCCCGCCCUGCCGCGGCCUGCACCGGAGGACCCGACCGGGUGCGGAGGCAGGGCCAGGGCACGAAGAGGCAGAGCCAGCCUCCAGCGCUGACUGGGCUAUUCUGCACAAGGGCGUGAUCACGCCCCACAGGGAGGAGGUGCAGGCAAACCCACGGGGACGGUCAGCUAAACUUCGGGUGGCCUGUAAAUUAUAGAGAUCUUUUGUGUUUUUUUGGCUACCAGAAUAGAUCUGUGUAGCUGGAGAUACUUUUGUUACUUUUGUUUUGUCUUCAGUUUUUUUUUUUUUUGUCAUUUUGUUAUUUUAAAUGUUGUAUUAUUGUAAUGUAAUCAGAUUGUAAUCACUUGUGUUCACACUAGUCAGUGAAAUAAAUGGAAAUCCUUUCAA